UCUCGCUCCAUGGAAGCUUUGUGGAGAAUUCUUGUGAACUCUCGCAUUGGACGUUGGAUUCUAGGGCUCAGACGAUUCAAGUUUCGGAUUUUCUCGUGGUUGUGGGCCCCCAUCAACGGCCAGGAUACUACGAAUAAAGUCGCUUCUCCCCACCCACCUCCCAACUACAGUCUACAUGGCCUGAAUACGGAUAUUUUCAUGGAACUUUUUUCGCUGCUCAAUGGGCGGGAUCAACAAAUGCUGUCCUCCGCUUCUCGCCAGUUACGGUCCCUGUUCAUGCCCGCUCUAUUUCGUCGCAUAGAGUGGGCGCCGUUGCUCAAGCAUGAGCUUCCACCGUCUUCAUUAUGGCCAUACAUACGUACUUUCGCUGUGCUGGGCGACAGAUUCAUUCGGACUCGUUUAUUCGACAACGGGUAUGAAUCACACUACACACAUCAAGUCCAAGUUCGAAUAGCCUCGCAGCUCAAGGCCUUGACCUCUAUGACUAACUUGGAUGAGGUCCAGCUCUAUGAAGUCCCAUUUGGGCCGUGGCCACAGCUUAUCGAAGUAAUCAUAUCGACUCCAAGCGUCAAAAGACUAGUUCUGGCGUCGCAUCCCUACUCAGGCCCAAGUCCUGUUGCCCUCUCAACGGUCUCUCGACUUUCACACGUCUCGUAUAACAUGCACCGGCCGCUCAAAUACACACCUUCUAGUAAUAUCGCCGGCUUUUCUGGUGGCAUCUACCAUGACCAAACCUGCCAAUACCCUGCGGACCUUGUCGCAAGCGAAGGACGCCUGGCACGGGCAUGGCUCAAUCCUAAAACUCUCGAAAGUUUAUCCAUGCCCGGCCAAUUCGUGCUCGAGGCCUUGGAUUUAACCGUUCGCUGGAACGCGAUGAGGGAGCUCCACCUAGAAGGCGUCUUCCCUCUUGGUUCAAAAGGAGCUGAAGGGAUACUUGACGUUUUACAUGCCAUGCCACGUUUACGAGUUGCCCAUCUUAAGCUCGAAAACUCCAGCAACGAUAUCGGCUGUCGUGAAUAUGUGACGCAAGAUGCGUUGUCGAAAUAUACCAGCCAUCGUCUCUUGCCCGACCUCGUGCACUUCGAAGCGCCUAUUUCUGCCGAUGAACACAUUCUUAGUGUCCUUCCUUCAACGUUGGAAAAAUUGCUCCUCACUGCAUACCCCCUCUUUGAUUUUUUCUAUUUUCAACGACUCGUCAUUCCUGCUUCCGCCUUGAUCCGUAUACUCUCUCGAGCGGAAUUUCCUACUCUUACUUCAUUGGAGAUUUCCUAUUCGACCAAAGCAGAUGGAGAACUAUCCGCAGAAGAGCAAUUACUCCAAAUCAUUCCCCGAAAGUUUCCACGCUUGCAACACCUCAUGAUUCGACGAGAUUCUAAGCGGGACGGGCCUAACGAAGCCCGUUUGGCGGAGGGGUGGGACCCAACCCGUCCCUUUGGAAAUCUUCUUUCUCAACUUUUCCAUCUCGAAACCUUCUCAUUCGACGCUGAUAUUCCUGGCACCCGGGACGCUGAUGCUCUAUCUGCACGCCGAGGCUACUACCACGCUUCACAGGCUUACGUCGAUAGACUAGUUGCUAGUCUUGCGGAACAGAGAGCUCGUCCUUCUACGCUUCGCAAGAUUUCGAUUCAUAUGUACUCGGGUAUCCGAGAUACAACGAACUACCCAUGGGGACCAUGGUUGAUCUGGGACAUUGUGCAAGUGAGGGUCGGCGGAGAACUUGAAUACCAAGUCCGUUACCGCAAAGCCCCAAAGCUUGUUCCAUAUAUGCCUCCACAUUUGAUGCCCACGUUACUUCCCGUUGUUGACAGAACCUUGGUGCGAGCAGGUCCCUUGCCGGACCACAUAAUGCAACGCUCUACUCAAUUUCAAUUCCAUUUGAAUGGGCUUGAAUAA